AUGAACCCAGAAGUAGGGUACAACCCCAACACUUCCCUCCGCCUCCCCGACCCCAAUGCCUCCACAGACGGAACCGAUCUCGCCUCCACCCGCUCAAAGAACAAGGUCAACUUCCAGACGCCUAUGGCUCUUCUGCUCCGCUGUCCGCAGCCGACUCUGCUAUCCCGUGCACACGGUGACCCGCCUCCGAGAAGACUGGCUAAUGUCUCCAAGCGUCUUAUGAUGACUUCGCUUCAGUUGCCGGAGAAGUCGGCUCUUGCGACGCUGGCGCUUAUGGAUCACUAA